CAGUAGCGGCUAUAGAUACCAUGUCCACGGUACCAACACCAUUAUCCUACAUCUCGACCGCCAUGAUAUUGCUGAUAACGUGGAUUAUUCUUUCGAUUCUACCUCUACAUGCCCGAGGGACUGUCUCAAUCAUGAAACGUUAUACACUUCUGACUGCCGCUAACUUUACCUGGAACGACGCAAAACUCAAAUGUGAAUCGAUUGGCAGCAAUCUCGCAAAGGUAGACUCUGAAACAGAACGCUUUGCGCUGAACCACCUUGAUGACCAGGCACCGUGGAACUCUUCUCUAUCAAACAGCCAGUACUGGUUAGGUCUCCAUAUCCGUGGGGAUAACGAUGAGUGUACGACGAAAACAAAUUACUUUUGGCACGACUGUGAACCGUUGUUUAAAUGGACGAACUGGGCACCAAGUGAACCAAACGAGUGUGGUGUCGAUUACUGUAUACGCUUACACAACGUGUUGUUCAAAACUCGCGAUUGUGGUUUGAAGUAUGGCGCCCUGUGUGAGGCUGACCAAGCAGGUGACUGUACCUUUGAUGAAGUUUACACAGACGAUUUGAGAGGAUUCAGUCACAAGAAGAUUUCAUUGAAUGUCGAUGAAUCCGCCUGUAAAACAGCUUGUCUAGACUACAUCGUCGACGAGGAGACACAGUGUUGGCUUUAUCAGAUAAUAAGGAAAGAGUUUGACGUUAACAUGACUAUCAUAGCUGAACACCCUGUUUGUUACCUGUUCUUUACGACCAACAGCUACAGUGCUGACAAUCUGAACUUCGUGGGGAACUGGACAAAUGCUACCACCAUUUACGUAAAAAGAUGCUAUGAGGCGAUACUUGACGAUGUGAGUCAACCCGAUUCUGCUGACGCCUGGGCUGGAGUUAGUGAACCAAAUACGACUUGUCCUGUUAUUGGCGACUGUUACUUUGAGACGAUUGGGGUGUUGGAUCUGGACAGGGCGAAGGACUUGGUGCACACGACCUUAGAUGUCCACGGAACAGAACAGGAAUGUAAAGAUCUGUGUAUGGGUGGCUCGUUCUACAAGGACUGUUGGUUCCUGGACACGUUCAGUCCUUUGUCGAGGGCGUGCCGUCUUUAUUUUUUACACAACGAUCUCUCCGAUACGUUCAAUGUUCUCGACCUGAACGCAAGGAAACGCACAUUAUUCAUGAAAAAGUGCUUAAAAGAGGAACUUACUACUACAACAGUACCAACAACUACAACGACACCACAAUUAGUGUUUGAGCAACUUCGAGUUGAAAAGAAAGUAACCGGAAAUUAUCGCCGUAAAUUCAUUAGUAUCUACGAAGACCGACCGAGUGCCUAUGAGUAUGGGUAUAAUGGGCGCUGUUUUCAUCGCUUUUAUCAUCGGUUUCGUCAUCCUGUCAGAUAUACCCGUAUUCUACCACCAUGCAAAAACUGUCGGAGCGAAAAACAUUCGAACAAGAAACAGGUGCUUCCCUCCGAAAAAGAAAACAAACAAGGAAAAACAUGUUGUUUACAAAAUUAACAAACAAGUUUAAGAAAAUUAUUACACGUGUUACAUGUAGUUUUUAAUUCGUUU